GAUCUGUGGUUCCAAGUAUUCACAAAGAAUUUACUGCCAUCUAGUAGUGUAUAGAAUAACUAUUUCAUGAAACUUUUCUUCUUAGUUUACAAAAUCAUGUACAGAUGUCGCUACACACCGCAAACUGUUUUAUCGACACAAAUUUCAGACAUGCGCGGCAGGCUGCGCGAUUUACAAAAUCGUAGCAAAUGUUCCCCGACAUAAAUCCAUAAUCGGUGUCCGGAAUAAAAAUGUCACCCGGCUUAGUGACGAGUGCUAAAAACAUGUUACAGAAUACAGCAGACGAUAAGAACAAUAAACGCAAAACAGUGAACAGUGAAAAAACUAGCAGUUUCAGUGAUAAAAAUAAAAAUAGAAGCGCAGAUUCGAAAAAAAAAUAUGAAACAAUUAUAAAAGUUAAAAGUGUUAUUCCUAGGCGACGGCAGGAUCUGCUGAAAUGGUAUGGCUGGGGGUACAAAGACUCCAUGUUCGUGCUCGACGAAAACACCACCUCCUUCACCGGCAGCAGGUACUUAAUCGGUGGUAAAAAUCUACCAUACGCGAAACAAUGGAUAAAGGAGCACUUCGACGUGGACAUUUCGAAGCCUCACAAAGUACCCCAAAUUCCGACAACGUUUCCCAAAAGCAGAUUACCAGACAACAUAAAGCAAGAAUUGGAGAAGAUAACCUUGCUAAGCACAGACGGCAUGGACAGACUGAUCCGGGCCCACGGUCAGACGCUGCAUGAUGUCUACCAUUUGAGGGAGAACAGUUUCCCAAGGAUACCUGACGCUGUUGUAUGGCCGGAGAAUCAUGAACAGGUAGAAGAAAUAGUAAACAGUGCGAGUCGACACCACUUCGUGAUAAUUCCGUUCGGCGGCGGCACUUCAGUGUCCGGCUCGGUGACGUGUCCGGCCAAUGAAGACCGGCCCAUCGUCGUACUGGACACCAGUGACAUGAACUCGAUACUAUGGCUAGACAAAGAACAACUGCUGGCAAGAGUUCAGGCAGGUAUAGUUGGGCAGGACCUGGAAAGGGAAAUGCGCGCGCGGGGCUUCACAGUGGGCCACGAGCCCGACUCGUACGAGUUCUCCACCCUCGGCGGCUGGGUGGCCACCCGCGCCAGCGGCAUGAAGAAAAACACGUAUGGGAAUAUCGAGGACCUUGUAGUACAAACUAAGGUGGUAACACCUCGAGGAGUGAUAGAGAAAAGCUGUCGCGUGCCCCGACUGUCGUGCGGGCCUGAAUGGGAGCACAUUAUUCUAGGAUCUGAAGGAUGUUUAGGAGUUGUCACAGAGGUAACGUUGAAAAUCCGUCCAUUGCCACCCGUGGUCCGCUACGGCUCGCUCGUGUUCCCGGACUGGGACAGCGGGUUCCACUUCGAGAGAGAAGUGGCGAGGCAGCGGCUACAGCCCUCCAGCAUACGACUCAUGGACAAUGAGCAGUUCCGAUUCGGGCACGCCCUAAAGAUGGAGCAAUCCUGGGGCGGAGUCUUACUCGACGGGCUCAAGCGGUUCUACAUCACGAAGAUCAAGGGCUUCGACCCCCUCAAGCUGUGCGUGGUCACUCUGCUGAUGGAGGGCAGCGCGGAACAAGUCGCUGAUAGUGAGAAGAAGAUGAAUGCCAUCGCCGCACAGUAUGGAGGUGUUCCCGGGGGAGCGAAGAAUGGAGAAAUUGGUUAUACGCUCACCUUCGUUAUAGCUUAUGUUCGGGACUUGGCGCUGGAGUGCGACAUCGUGGCGGAGUCGUUCGAGACGUCGGUGUCGUGGGAGCGCGCGCUGGCGCUGUGUCGCAACACCAAGGCGCGCGUGCGCAGCGAGUGCGCCGCGCGCCGCAUCGCGCACUAUCUCAUCUCGUGCCGCCUCACGCAGACCUACGACGCCGGCUGCUGUAUAUACUUCUACUUCGGCUUCAAGACGGUCGGGUUCAGUGACCCCGUGCGCGUGUACGAGGAGAUCGAGGAGGCUGCGCGGGACGAGAUCAUCGCGUGCGGCGGUUCAAUAUCCCAUCACCACGGCGUCGGCAAACUGCGCAAGAAAUGGUACACGUCCACGGUGAGCGAGCCGGGGAGACUCUUGCUGUUAGCAGCUAAGCAGGCGCUCGACCCGGACAACGUGUUCGCUCUGGGCAAUAUGGCCUUCGACCAGUACACUCCGGAUGUCGUGAAGAGCAAACUAUAAAAUAUUUUUUACUUGUUUUAUAGUCACCUACCACUAGGCAUAGGCGUAGCGAGAGGGCAGCGCCUCCCCCCCCCCUCCCUCUCCAGCAGAGCGGUCGGUUAGUUAAGAAAUAAUCGUUUCGGCUGGCGGAAAACCGGCCGUUUUUCAUUGGAUUUUACUAAUAAAAAAAUAAUAUAAAUAUUUAAAGUGCUACUUUACCUUUUGGAUUUCCAUACCACUAAGUUUAUUUUAAUUAACGAAACAGUGCGAAACAGGUCCAUUCUUUUUAAUGGUCUAAGGCUGUCACCAUAUUAAACCCAAUAAUAACUUAAUUAACCAUUAAUAAUAUUAAUGGUCUAAGGUUUUGCCUCUUUAUUAUAAGGCACAGAUUAUCCAACAAUAAUGGCAUUUGCCUCGCCAAUAAUGAUCGCUGUACACGUUACACACAUUCAAAUACUUCUUUUGAGAUUUCUAGACUUCAUUUGAUUUAAUUUUUUAUCUAAUAUUUUAAAUAUGGCACAUUCCACUGCUUUUCUGUGUAGGUUUAUUUGAAAUUUGAUAAUUAGUUAGUACCUAAUAAGUAUCUAAUUAAUUAGUAUGCCAUGAAUGAAUUCAUUAAAACAAGUGAUAUUAGUUUAAAGGGUAACACAUAGAUUAUAAGGUGUGAAAUGAAAAUGAGUGAAUUGUACCUACUGAAUGUUUACCAAAGGCUGGCUGUUGAAAUAUCAUUCACAAACAUAAAUGACUCAGGAUCCGGGGGUCUCAUCACGAUGAAGCGACUCACUGAAAAUUUACUUGAUAGUAAUCAAUUGUAAAAAUUACUCACUGAAAAUUUACUGAUAGUAAUCAUUUGUAAAAAAAAGAUACUUCUCGGAACCUGGACUAAUAGAUUUAAUAAUAAUUAAAUCUAAGUCUACAACAGUAAAAGUAAAGUGUCUAAGUAAAUUGAUCCUAAUUGUAAUAGUUUCAGAGUCGCAUAUUAUUUUAUUAGUACUUUUUCAUUUACAUGAAUUUCACCAGCAGCGCUGGAUAAAUACAUCAGUGUGAUGAAACUUGAACUUAUAAACUGAGAUAUAUCGUCACAGUGCAGUUUACAUCAGCAGUGGGACAAUCAAUCUGUGUGCUUGGUUGCAGUUUUCAAUGUUUCCAUGCUGAUACGAUUGCGUAACCGUAAACGCGAAUUUCUAAGGUACUGAAAGAGCGCCAUCUAGUGGCACUAUUGCACAACUGUUUCAAUUACUUAGAAAUUCGCGUUUGUGGUUACGCGAUAGUAUGAAAACAUUGAAAACUGCCAUUAGGCACUCUGCUUCUAACACUAAUUAUUUUGAGUGUGUGAUAAAGCUUGUGUAUUGUGAGUGUGUGUGUUAAAGCAAUGAAUUAUAAAUAAGAGUAGUUAUUAAAUUAAAUACUGUGUUAAUAAAAUGUUUAAAUAUU